UUCCGAUUAAUAUCCCUCCUGCCUUUGAGGGGAUCGUCAAGGCGCAGAACAUUCCACACCAUACCAACACCUCUCGCAAGCUCCUUGCAGCUGUCUGUCGUUGACGUGGACUAGCUUUCCAAUUUGGAAAGCUCGUAGCGAUAACUGUGGCCACAUUACCAGCCGUUGCAUCCCUUUGCAUCUGCCAACAAGCUCCUCCGUCAAUAUGGGCGAAGCAGAAAAAACGCUCUAUGGCUUCCCGCUCAAAUGGGUGUCGCUAGUCACCCUGGUGGUGCAAAACUCGGCAUUGGCGCUCGUCAUGUCGUACUCUCGCAAGGCAAAGCCGCCAAACGAACUGUCAUACCUUGUUUCAACUGCGGUAGUCAUGUCAGAGUUCAUCAAGCUUGUGAUUUGCUUUGCUGUAUAUGCAAAAGAGGAACAAGCGCUGGGUCGUCUAUCGCUCCAAAAAGUCUUGAAGGACUUGUUUGGGCGCGACAGUCAUUGGAAGAAGAUGACAGUGCCGGCCGUACUCUACUUUAUUCAAAAUAAUUUGCAGUAUGUUGCUGUACAGUAUCUUGACCCGGCGACUUUUCAGGUGACAUAUCAAAUGAAGAUCUUGACUACCGCUCUCUUUUCGGUUUUGAUGCUUGGACGCACGUUGUCUCGGCGGAAGUGGACGUCGCUAGUUCUUUUGACCCUUGGAAUUGCGUUGGUGCAGAUGGAUGGAAAGACGACCGAAGCGAAAUCCAGUGGCAUGCAGCAGUUUUUGGGCCUAUUGGCGGUGACUAUUGCCUGUGUUCUUUCGGGCCUCGCUGGGGUCUGGUUCGAGAAGGUGUUGAAAGGAACCCAAGCAUCCUUGUUCCUGAGAAACAUCCAAUUGAGCGUUUUCAGCUUGAUCCCAGGGCUGAUUUUUGGUGUUUGCCUCAUGGACGGGGCUGCUGUUCGGCAAGAUGGCUUUUUUCAAGGCUAUAACAAGUGGACAUGGGGCGCAAUAUCAUGUCAAGCGAUCGGUGGUCUCAUAGUCGCACUCGUUGUAAAGUACGCCGACAAUAUUUUAAAGGGCUUUGCCACAUCGCUAUCCAUAAUUCUCUCCAGUAUCGCCUCAAUAUUCCUCUUCGACUUUAAGAUAACUUUCCUGUUCACUGUCGGGGCAGGGAUUGUGUUGUAUGCCACACAUCUCUAUGGGCUCCCCGAUUCCGUCCCGGAACCCAAAAGACAUAACAGCGAUACCUCUCUUGCGUAUGCUCCCCUGCAACAGGAAGCAACCGAGUUGCCCAGGUUCAACAUGCGAAGCGUGUAGGUCCUAUUAUAACCAGUAUAUCACCAACUAUCUUACGGCGACGGUUGCCUAUAUUUUUGUGUAAAAUAUAUCUGUGUAUUUAGCAGAAUAGAUAUUUAUCUGGCACUGUCGAGAAUGUCAGUCAAGA